CCAUCGGGGAAGGAAGUCGACGCUCCAACGCCUUCCGAAGUUUUAUUGUGAAAAAUGGCUAAGAAGACUUAUGACUUGUUAUUCAAACUGCUCCUUAUAGGUGAUUCGGGCGUGGGGAAAACAUGCAUACUCUUCCGGUUUUCAGAUGACGCCUUCAACACCACUUUUAUAUCGACGAUAGAAUACUUAAUGUCCUCUGAUUUUGUGUUCUGCUUGGUUCUCGGGCUUUAUUUGAGGGAAAUUUCGAGAGAAUAUUGGUCUCCGGAGCUAAAACUUCAAGAAUCACAUGACUUACAUUUGCUGUUGCAGACCUCCCAGGGAAUUUGUUAUAAAAUACCUGAGCAGUUGUCUGAGUAUUUUAGAAAUGGAAUAGUACCUAUCAUUGGUCUAGGUGACCAGUACAACAACUACAAUGGCUCCAUCUUUGUGGACAUCAUAGACAUAAAUGAGGGUAGUAGUGGUGCAUUACAAUCACCCGCCACUAGGCCUAUGAUCAGUGAUUGUGACAUGAGGCAUGCAAAUGAAGAUGUAGAAAAGAUGAUUCUUGGGAACAAAUGUGACAUGGAAGACAAGCGUGUCAUUGCCAAAGAAAAGGGAGAAUCAAUUGCACGAGAACAUGGCAUCCGAUUCUUAGAGACGUCAGCCAAGGCCAACAUCAACAUUGAACAAGCUUUCUUAGAACUUGCAGAAGCAAUCCUAAACAAGACACCGGGCCGUGACCCACAGGAAAAUCCCGACAAUGUUGUUCGUCCAGAUAAGCGGAGUAGGGAUGGAGGUGCAGCCCGACAGUGCUGUGCGUAAAGUCAUUGCAUAUUUUUAUCACAUAAAGGAGUCAGUUACACCCUGUAAGGACACCUCCUCUGCAGGAUUGUUUAAGAAGGCUCUCUGCAGAUGGUUGUUUCUCCGUAGGGCUUGUCUAUGAAACUCCUUAUGGCAGAGGGCACACCGUGUUCUCUGCAUUAAAACUAACAUCACCGCAGACUCCCCACCUUAGACUAAUGCUCGCGGGGGAGGUGACGAUAAACAAGCACAGACUUUUUUAUGCUUAAUCAGUACCAUCUAUCUACACUGCACUCAGGGGAUGGAUUCAAAAGAUGAUAAGCUAGGAACCAAUAAUUGCAGGUUAUUGCUCAUGUUUACGUCUGAGUGUUGCUGUCAGAUGUGUCGGAGUUUGUCCCAGAAUGAUGUGAAUGUUGUCAGGAGAUUGAGAUAUUAGCCACCUAAUUUUGGUCCUUUGAUGGAAUCUUGGUAUAGGAAGAUUUUCCUUUUUUUUUUCUUCUUCUUUUUUCUUCUAAAAACAAAAAAAAAAAAGUGUUUGUGUAUGCCAAGAGACUGUCAAAGAAGCAUGUGUAUUGCCUAAUGCAAGAAGAACCACUUCUCUGCGGUAACUAUCAUGACUUGGUGCAAUUGAAUUGAUCUUAGAACUUUUGUGCACUUUAUGCCUUAUGAUUCUUCAGUGUAAGGCUUUUCAUAUGCAUGGAAAAAGCCUUUCGUUUGUGUUGAUCUUACAUGGAAAUAAGUGGCUUGAAAAGGAUAUUUGUAUGUAAAGCAUAAUUUGGAUAUUUUUCUUUUUGCAAGAAAUGUUUUCAUCAUAUACUAUUUUGACCUUGCCAUGUGAUAGCCAAAAAUCACCUAAUCAUAUUUAUUUUAUUGAUUAUUAUUAAAUGGUUAUUAACUGACACCUUACAAUUACUCACUCAUACUUUUGUAUAAUAAUGAGGUAUAUUUAUAACUAAUCUGAUUGGCUAAGCCCUAUAAAACUGACCUGUAUAGGCAUUUGGAAAAUCCCCUUUGGUAAUCUAAAAGUAUAUUCUUCAUGGAGAGGUGACACUGACUUGUGUUGAUGUUUGAAUGUUACAGGAGGUUUAGAAAGCUUGACUGUAACCUGGUUCGGUUGUAGGACACAUUUGUUGUACCUUUGUGUGGGUUUGGGCUUUACCUUAAAGGUUAAAAAGAAUAAGGUUUAAUAGAACUGGAUGAUAUUCAAAAUUGAAUUUUAAUUAUAGAUUUUUUUUCUUUUUUUUCUGAUUUGUCUUUUUAUUGUAGUCAUAGGUAUUAUCAUUAUCAUUAUGAUUGCCAUUAUUAUUAUGAAUAUCAAAGAUCAAUACACUGUAAUUAAAUAUCCAAAACUGUUAAUGUCACACUUCAUAGUGCAGUAGCAUCUAUAAAAAAAAAAGAAUAUCAAGUACAUCAUCAUGCCACUUUUCUCUAAUUUGUCAUAUUAAAACCUUUUCUGUUGUCUUGGGUUAAGCAAAAAUAACUGGGGAGAAUUUGUGAUCACGAAGUCCAUUUACUUCCCAGUUGUCAUUGGUAAGCUUUAUUUUUUAACCCCAGUGAUUAUACCAAAAGAAUAGUCUGGUAAAAUUAUGUUGAAAGAUAUUAUUAUUGUGUUAUAUUUAUCCUUAUGACCGGUACACCAGGAACUUGAAGGCUUGAGCACACAGGUUCUUCACCACAGAAAUCUUUUUGAUUAUUAUAUUCUAAAUUGGAGGCUAAUGAAGAAGCUCAAAGGUAAUGGAUAUGAAGGAAACCAUAUGGGUGUUUCAAGAGAUAUUGAUAUUACUUUUUUUUUUUUCAUUCUUUCUUUCUUUCCUUCCUUUUUUUAUUUUUAUUUUUAUUUUUAUUCCUCACUUUAUUUUGGCUAAGAAAUGCUUUCCAGUUAAUUCAUUUAUUUAUUUGUAGAUGUUUGCCUUUUUUUGCUGUUGGAAUUUGCUCCUAGACUGAUAUUAUGUCUGUCCUUUUUACCUCUUUUUAUCAUCAUUUUUCUUUAAGGGUGGAAACUUGGUUUAUCUGUGAUUAUACUGGUAAUACUUCCCACAAAGACAUACACAAAUAUAUGUAUAGAAAGACAAGACAUUUACACCCAUACGUAUGCAAGCUUUUUUCAGCACAAAAUAUUACAGAGGCUUUUCUCAAGUGCUUGCUUACACAGUUGAAAUAUUGGAGCUAAGACUUUAUUCUCCGUCAGGCUUUCAAGUCAUCCAGAUUUCAAUGGCUAGAAGAAGAAAAAGGUUAAACACUGUGUUUCAGAAGUUGAGUGCAAUAUGUUUCAAUAUUUAAUCAUAAAAAAAAAUUGUAAGUAUUGUUUAUUCAUUGAUUAUUUUUAGUAUUAUGGUCAUUAACGUUAUUUUUUUUAAAAUUACACGUCAUCAGUAAUAUUGCAUGAUUUUUUCCUUUAUUUGCCUGGAGUCGGUAAUGUAAAAAUGAUCAAGAUUACAGUUUUCAGGGUCAUAGAUAUAAUUCUGUACACAGUGCUUAUUGCAGUAGUAAUGUCAACUCCAAAUUUGUUCCCCCUUAUAUAUAUUUUUUUUUUACAAGGGAUAUUAUUGACUUUUUUCUUUUUCCUUUUUUCAAACGUAUUUUCCCUCUAUUACUUUAUUUACUUUUAUGUCCAUAGAAUGAUUUAUACGGGAACUGAGGGAAGGCCCAGUCAGUGGCUUGGGCUGCUCUUUAAGCAGACUACUAGUGAGGGGAAACAAGAGCAUAGGUGAUGAGUUUUGUUUCCCUUAUCCUCUUCCGUUUAUUUUCAUUGUAUAGUAUUCACAACUGUGUGUCUUAUGACGUGAUAUGUAUAAAGAUUGUCUAAAAGUUAUCUCUGACAAAUGGAGCAAGGUGGUGUCUUCCUUGUGUUUGAAUCGUAACUUGAGAAUGCUCGUUAUUUGCUAUACGACCAGUGUCCCCCCUCCUAGGAAACGAGAAACAGUCAAAAAGUCUUUCUUCACCAAAGUAUAGUAAUAAGUUGGGAUCUUCAGUUAGGUAGAAAGAAGAAAAUGGAUAUUGUCACCUCUUUUUAUUAUUAUUAUUCCACUUUCCCUGUUUUUAUUUUGAGUCAAAAUGUGUUCCUCUCUUGGCUAAAGCAUUGAAGAUCAAGUCACACAAGGUUGACUGUGAGGGCUCCUAUGUCUGUAUUGAAUUUAAUAGCAGUGCUGUGUUUUUAGUGAACAUGACAAGCUAGUUAUCUGUAAACAUGGUAGUUCAUCCCAAGUUAUGGAAGUGUCCUUUUUUUCCCUUAAUAUUGCUUUUCUUUUUCUCAUAUUUCUGUCAAUUUAUUUAAGUUUGUUAUUAUUAUUAUAAUUAUUCUACAUCUUCAUAAUGUUUUAAUUAUGUUUUAUGGCUGUAAUAUUCUUUCCUUUUUUAAAUGUUCCACACAUACUUUUUCCUUUUCAUCAGAGUUGAUAUGCAUGAUUUUUUUUUCCUUUAUUUUAAGAAUAAGUUCUCAUCAGCUUUACUUUUUUUUCGUAAUAAAAACAAAAGCAAAAAUAGUUUUGUACUUUGACUUUGUGUAUUAUGUUUUUAUACUUGUAAAUGAAGAAAUAUGAUCCACUAGGGCUGUAGUUUGUGGCAUAUAUAGUUUAUAAAAGAAAUUAAAGGAAGAGAUGAUGAUUUUUUGUGUCCAGAAGUUUCAAAUUUAACUGUAUUUUUGUCUCUAGUGUAUGGCCUGCAGGCAGUGCUGAGAGGUAAACUACGAGAUCUUUUAUCAGGUAUCAUUACCCGUUACCUGGUGCGUUAAAGAGAAAGCCCACGAUUAUUAGAUUAUCAGAAUGACCAAGUUAUUAUUUUUUUUAUCUAGUUUUUAUGAGGUAUCAGUUAGAUUCUUAUUGUUGUACAUAUGUACUAAAAUAAAAAAAAAAUAAGAAAUAUUUCAUUCAACUCUCAGGAUUAAAUCCAUAUUAUAUACAAGAAAGUUCGGAAAAAAUCUCAUUUGCAGCACUUGAAUGCCCAGUUCGCACCUAAAAGAGGUGGUGAAAGUUCUUUACGAAAAUGUUUAAAGAUAAUUGGAUCCACAUGAAUUGUUCUCUCUACUUUUUUUGUCUUUCUAUUACUAUUAAAUAAAAAUGUGUGGAUUUUGAUACCAAUGAAUUUAUUAUUAUGUCUGUUAGCCAGAACUUCUUUUCAAAAGAAUAAAUCAAAUUGGUUGCACUCUUACUGACUUGGUGUAUACAUCUUGGCCCAACUGCCCCCCCCUCCUCCUUGCACACCUAGAAACUGAGAGGAAAAGUAACAAAAAGGUGAUUCUAAUAAAUACGAAUCAUAAGUGACAUACCCAGUUCUUGUGAGCCGGAUUUUCUGUACAAGGAAGAUCACGGAACAGGUCUUAAGAGAAGGCGUUCCAAGGCUGACAAUUGCUUUCUAUGUCACAGGGCAAUGUUCAUAUAUAUUUAUAGAUAUAUAUAUAGAUUUUUGAGUAACCAAAGAGGUAUAACAGUGGACCUGAAAUAAGCACCUUUAAUAAAAAAUUUAAUUGAGAAAAAAUAAUGAUAAUAAAUUGGAAAAAAAAAAUUGUAUUGUGAAAUGCAAUGCAAUGCUAAGUCUUUUAUGUUUGUUUCUAAAGCACUUUGAUCAUCCUAGAGUAUAUCAUAGAUCCACUCGUUCCUCCGAUACUGUUUUUCCUGUAUAUUUUAGGGCAAUAGUGAAGAAAAAACAUGAAACACCAAAAUAAACAUUUGUAAAUAUAAAAGUCCAUUUGAUGGUAAAAUGGUAUAUUACAUGUCACGAACAGUUAUUGGAUCUUCAUGGAUAGGAUGGGCUUGCUUUUGUCCAAUGACUUGCUUGAACAUCAUUAAUAAAGUGUUAUUUGUGAUGGA